GAGCUUUGAAGACAGUGAUUCAUAGAGAUGUGAAUUCCAGAUUGAUAACAUAUAGCAGUCAUUCAGUAAGACCUUUACAGAUAAAGCGUUUUAGCCUCGUACAUGGCUCUUUAAUUUAGAACACGAAGCCACACUCAGAAAAGUUCGUGCAAGUUUGGUUAUUAUUUCAUAUGUUCAAUCUUCAGAUUUAAUUCAUUUGUAAAUUGUAAGCUCACUUAAACAUUUGUAACAAGCUGAGUUGUCCGUGUAAAUUGUAAGUCCACUGUCCAGGGCUAGAUUCGGACAACUCUGUAACUCACUCAUAAACCCUAGUUUUUGUUUUACUAGUUCCAAAUCCAAAAUUUGAUUUUUUGCGUUUCACAAUGGCAUAAAUGGGAGAACUUGAACACUCACCGAUCUUAUAGCGGCACUCGCGAGUCUUUUUCUUCUUCCCCUCACGCUGAUACGUUCAGAAAAGCUUUGAGAUUGAAGCAGAGGUAGAUUUGAUCAAACUACUUCGAACAGUUGCAUUUCUUAGUUCGCAAUUUUUUGUUCGGUAAUAGAUUUCUUUGAUCAUGUAUCCUCUGAUUCUCCAUGGAAAAAGGUUAUCCGAGUUGCAGAGAUCGCUUAAUUUUAGAUAUUCAGUGAAGCUUUUGCAAAAUUCGUUUGCUUUUUCCAAUCUCUUCUCUUCUGCUAGUGCUUCUGCUGAUGCGAGCCUUAGAGAUGGUUAUAAAGGUGACAACUUUACAGUCUCGUACCUAGUUGACUCAUUGGGUUUCACUACAAAACACGCUGAAUCCAUCUCAAACAAAGUCAGUUUCGAGGAUAAGGGCAAUCCUGAUUCUGUUCUGAGUCUUCUUAGAAGUUAUGGGUUCACGAAGUCUCAGAUCUCAAGCAUCGUUACUAUUUAUCCACGAUUGCUUAUAUUAGAUGCUGAGAAAUCUAUUGCUCCAAAGCUUCAGUCUUUGAAGUCUAGAGGAGCUUCAACCACUGAGCUCACUGAGAUUGUUUCCACAGUUCCUAAAAUCUUGGGAAAGAGAGGGCACAAAGGUAUCAGUGUAUACUAUGAUUUCGUCAAAGACAUUAUAGAAGCGGAUAAGAGUUCCAGUGACGAGAAGUUAUGUCAUUCGUUUCCACAGGGUAACAAGGAGAAUAAGAUCAGAAAUAUUUCGGUUUUGAGAGAAUUGGGAGUGGCUCAGCGUUUGUUGUUCCCUUUGCUCAUCUCUGAUAGCCAACCUGUCUGUGGGAAACAGAGAUUUGAAGAGUCACUCAAGAAAGUUGUUGAGAUGGGUUUUGAUCCGGAGACCUCAAAGUUUGUUGAAGCCUUGCGCGUUAUUUACAGAAUGAGCGAGAAAACGAUAGAAGAAAAAGUCAAUGUCUAUAAAAGGUUAGGCUUUGGUGUGGCUGAUGUAUGGGGAAUCUUCAAGAAAUGGCCUUCUUUUUUGUCAUACUCAGAGAAGAAGAUAACUCAUGCGUUUGAAACCCUUAUGGGGUGCGGUUUGCUCAAACACGAGGUCCUGUCAUUGUUGAAGAAGCAUCCGAAAUGCAUUUGUACUUCAGAGCAGAAGAUUGUGAACUCCAUUGAAACAUUUUUAGGACUAGGAUUCACUAGAGACGAGUUUGCGAUGAUGAUCAAGCGUUAUCCUCAGUGCAUUGACUAUACUGCCGAGACAGUGAAGAAGAAAACUGAGUUUAUUGUGAGGAAGAUGAAUUGGCCACUAGGGGCUUUGGUUUCGAUCCCUCAGGUAUAUGGAUACAGCCUGGAGAAGAGGACUGCCCCAAGGUGUAAUGUAAUCAAGACUCUCAUGUCAAAAGGACUGAUGGGAGACGGAAGUGAAACCCCUCCAAUGUCAUCUGUUUUGACAAGUACGGAUCAGGCGUUUUUAAGGAGGUAUGUGAUGAAGCACGACAAGCUUGCGCCUGAGUUGAUGACUAUCUUCAAUGGGAAGUGAAAAGUGGAGCUUAUAUUUAUAGAUCAGAAGGCUUACCCCACAAUAAUGAGUAGCAUUAAGGUUUGUAUUGUUGUGUUAGUUUAGAUUCGUCCAUGAACCUCUUGACCUCAAAUGAGAAGUAAAAACAGGAGCUUUACUUUUGACUUCUGUAAUCUCAGUUUGAUGUGGAUUUGACUCAUUUUAAUAUGCAAUAGCAAUCCAAUAUGAAAGAUAACCAAUAAUAAUGUUACAAUCUUUUCUGAGUC